UCCCCUGGCCGCGGCCUCAACCACCACGUGUCCCCCACGGCGCCACGCCGCUUCCCCUCCCCCAGCACCCCCUAUGCACGUGCCCGCUGCUCCCUUUGUCCCCCUCGGGGCUCCUACGCGGUUCCCGGGUCCAGGCGUUCCGGCGCGGUUCCCCUGUCACGGUGUACCGCCGAGGUUUCCGAGCCCCGGCGUUCCGGCAGAGCUCCCUUGUCCCGGCGCUGCUGCGCGGGACCCCGUAGAAGCUGCGCUGAACACCGCAGCCCCAGCUGCGGCCGGUGCCCCGGCGCACCGCCCGCCGCCGGCCCCGGUGCUCGCCGCGGCUGUUCCCGUGUUGGAAACGGCACCCUCCCCCCUUCCCGCCACCGCUCCGGCCCGACCCCCCGGUCCCGCCGCCCCAGCGGCUCCGCUCAUGCCCGCACAGACCCCUACGUUUGCGGCCGCCGCGCCCAGAGCCGUGCCUCCCUUCGCGCCCGCGGCGGCAGCCCAGCCUCCUGCCCCCAGUCCCCCCGGAGCGCCUCCGUUGUUCGCCGCGCCACCGCUGCUCGCCGUUCCGUCCCGGGCCGUGCCGGCUCCGCCGCAGCCCUCUGCGGCCGAGCUGCUGCGGGGAGUCGCCCCGCCGCUUCUUGCCACCGCCGAUGCCCCGUUCCCGCCCGCGGCCGCACUGUCCCCCGCGCCCCCAGUCCCGGCUGCGGCACUGAUGAACACAGACAGGCAAGCCCUGCCUAGCACGUGCGCCAUUGUCCCGCAUCACGCGGAACUGCUGGAGUGGCCCGCGCAUGCGCAGUUGCAGCUUCCCCAGAACCGGCACGCCCCGCCUCCGCCCCCCGCAGCCUUUGCCGCGGCUCUGACACAGCCUGCCGGUCCUGACCCGCCGCCUGCCACGGUGCAGCCCCAGCCGGCAUCCCUGUGCCCGCCGCCCCCAUGCCAGGCUGCACGGCCGCCGCCGCCGCCAGAGCCGAUAUUCGCAAUUCCAGAACUGUAUCCAUCCGCGCCGCCAGCCCAGCCAGUUCCUGCUCCGACAGCCCCAGCUGCAGCCUCUCCGCAAAUAAUCCCUCCCGCAGCUCGGCCCGCCACGCCACCACCAAGGCACCAGCACACGGGACCCACGCAUCUGCAGCCCCCAAACAUCCCUCCGCCGCCACCGCCGAGUCCACAGACAACACCAAUACAGCCGAUUCCUGCACCAUCUUGGAUGCAUCCUUCUGCGCCACCCCCUCUGCCAUACGCCGCCGUCCCAGGCACAGCCACAUCUUUGAGAGACCCCUCACCACCGCACGACCCUGCCCAGCUAACAGCGGAUGUGCCUUCACUGUCAGCUCCUCUGCCUCCGAUGCCUGCUGCCCUACCCCAGCCACCGAAUCUCCUCGGUCACCCAGCUGCAUUCCCGCCCUCCGCACCCCUAGCACCGAAUGAGACUUCAUUGUAUCACAACUCGUCCAGACAGUCCCAGCCAAACACACAAACCGUGCAACGAAAAGGGGGAGAGUGGAAUACAACAGCUGCUUCAAUGAAUACAGGACAGACAGAGAACUAUUUUGUCCCUGCAAAUGACAACCCUUUGAUUCAAAUACAAGAGAACCCUAAAAAACAAAUAAGUCUGUUCCCAAACAGCUCUACAGGCCCCUCUGUCCCUGUGUUUGGGACAGACUUCUCAACCCAAAAUGAGACAUUAAACCCUGAUUAUUCACUAACAUCAAUCCCAAAAGUACAAAACCCCCAGAAGUGCUUCGACAAUUCCCAGUUCACAGACUGGCAUGAAGUCAGACGUCUGAUUUGCAAAGAGGAAAGUCUAAAUCCUCUAGCUAUGCCUGUGCUAUUCAGCCAGCAAGCCGAAGGUCCAAGAACAUGGACAGCUAUCCCACCUCAUGAGAUAAAAGAACUACGAAAAGCAGUGAAAGACAGUGGCAUUUGCUCACCCUAUUUUAAACAACUGCUUAAAAGUAUGAUAGAAGAACACACGCUGACACCAAAUGACUGUAAAAAUCUUGCCAGUGUAAUUCUCACAGAUUCACAAUAUAUGCUGUGGGAACACAUAUGGAGAAGAAUGCUUACAGGAGUUUUGACCACUUACAGGCAAAGCACUGAUGCAACCCUUCGCACCCUUACCAUAUCUAAGUUGACUGGUGAGCAUCCUGAUGACCGGAAUGAAGAUCAAGUGAACCUACCCAGAAUAGUAUUUGAUGACAUUAAAAAAAUGGCUCGUAGAGCCUUUUUGCAGAUUCAGCCUGCAGGAAGUUUUGAAAAAGCCUACAAUCUGAUUAGUCAAGAACUGUCUGAACCAUUUACUGCAUUUGCAGACCAAGUGAUACAAGCAGCAGAAAGGCAAUGUGGCCAUGAUAUAGCUCGCCCAAUUAUGAUAAGAGACAUUAUUGAAAAUAACGCCAAUGCUGAAUGUAAAAGAGUAAUCAAAGCCCUAGGAAAACAAAGACCCACAGUACCUGAAAUGAUUGAAGCUUGCAACAAAAUUGGAAGUCCACAGCAAGUGGCAGCUAUCCAAGCAAAUGAACUUGGAAAGACUUUAGGAGAAAAAAUUGAACGAGCUCUUACGGCUCAGGCAACACAAGCAGAGGCACGAGACCAAAAACUGACUGAAAUUCUAGCUGCUUUGCACCUGAACUCCCAGCAACAAAACAACACCAUGGCUGUUACGCAAACUGCUGUAACCUCAGCACCUUGCUACUUUUGUAAAAAACCUGGUCAUAUUGUGAGAAAUUGCCCAGAAAUUAAAAGGGGUGCACAAGCACCCCAUCGCUGCCAUGCCUGCAAAAAAGGGAAACAUCAUGCCUGGCAAUGUCGAGCUAAGCAUGACACAAGGCAAACCCACUCUCCAAAAAACUCCAAAGCGAGCGCGCAACACCAUCGCGUGACGACACAAAUAGUGGCAUCCCAAUCACCCGAGGCAAAAUUUAUGAAUGCCCCGACUCCACAACACUCCGCUACGUUACCAGUCAGAUCUCAAGUACUGACCCAGACCUACUACCACCAAGAUCCUGGCGAACUUUGGCAACCUCCAAAUCAACAACACUUUUAA